AUGAAGUGGGACCAGGGAUUCUGUUUUGUAGACGAUGUUCCUAUCAACCCAGAGGCUACUCAAUUUCUCAUCGAGCGGAUUGCGUUCAUCAGGAACACCCACUAUGGUGGCUUUUGGGACUUUACAGCCGAUUUAACUUUCAAAGACACGGCAUACACCAAUGAGUUCCUGGGUGCUCAUACAGACAACACUUAUUUCACAGAUCCUGCAAGGCUUCAGCUCUUCCAUCUGCUAUCCCACACCGAAGGAUCUGGGGGAGAGAAUCUCUUAGUUGAUGGUUUUGCAGCUGCAGCUCAACUACGCCUUGAGAAACCUGAGCAUUAUGCCCAAUUGGCAAAUCAUAGGCACCCAUGGCAUGCAAGCGGGAACGAAGACACCUGCAUCCAACCAUCCGUCAUGGCACCGGUAUUUUCAAUGCAUCCGGAUCUGAAGAAAAUGUACCAGAUCCGUUGGAACAACUAUGAUCGUGCACCAAAGACCAAUUGGUCGGCAUCGGAACAGACCACAUGGUACCGCGCUGCGCGCCACUAUAACGAGAUCCUACAGAGCAGAGAAAUGUGGACAAAGCUAAAACCAGGAUCGGCGCUUUUGUUCGAUAACUGGAGAAUGUUACAUGGCCGCUCUCAGUUUACUGGAAAGAGGCGAAUGUGUGGUGGCUACGUCAACAACGAUGACUAUAUUUCUCGACUUCGUUUGCUCAAGUUCGGCCGGAAAGAGGUGCUAGACAACCUUGGCAACGUCGGAAAUAAUCCCAAGAACCCUUAUUGGUUCAUAUAG